AUGGGUGACUACCUUGGGUCUGAGAAAAAUCCAGAAACUGCUUUAACGUUAAGUCGCAGUUUAGUUGAACUGCUUAAGUUGUGUGGGUUUAAGCUUACAACAUCUAUUAGCAACGUUCUCAAUUUGUCCUUGAAACUAAAUCCCCCUAAGACCAGCCCUAACAACAGUAAGGAAAUUAUUACCGCUGCUAUUAAUCCGGAAACCGCAUCGCAUGUUCUCGGUCUCAAAUGGGACCACGUCACCGAUACGUUGGUUAUGAGCAGAGGAGUUAGUUUUGUGUCCUCCGUGUUCGACACCAUAGGUCUUGUCGCCCCGUAUACCGUACACGCACAAUUGCUACUGAAAGAUAUCUGGAGAUUGAGUGGCCAACAGUCGAACGACCCAGUGCUAAAUGAGUUGUGCCGCAGAUUCACUGAAUGGCAAUCCGGCUUGCCAGUUUUAGGGCAGCUCAAAAUAUCUCGUUGCUAUUAUGACUUCCCAAUAGAUGAGGUUGAGCUGCACAUGCUCGGUGAUAGCUCAUUGGACGUUUUCUGUUCUGUAGCAUUCCUUCGAGCUCAGAAAGACGCCUAUUCCAAAUGUCAACUAGCGUUUGUCUUCGGUAAAGCAAAAGUAGCCCCGAUGAAGACGCUUUCAAUUCCGAAACUGGAACUUCAAGCUGCGCUUCUUGCUAGUCGCCUGAAUGAUGAUAUCGAGAAAGCUCUGUCACUGAGUAUUUCCAAAGUGUUCAUGUGGACUGACAGCACAACAUUUCUUCAGUGGUUGAGCUCGACAAGCAAACAGCCCGUGCUUAAGACCAAUCGAGUAGCCGAGAUUCUGGAGUCAACAUCAAUUGACCAAUGGUUCCAUGUUUUGAGUGGAGACAACCCCACUGACACCAGAACUAGAGGUAUUUCUGCUAAUUCCCUCAAGCAAAGCAGUUGGAUAAACGGCCCUUCCUUUUUGAAAACUUCGGAUCGGCCUUUCAAUCCAAAUAGGGAAGUUACUGAGAAAAUUCGCCGGGUUGGUCCGGUCUACAAUCAAAAUGAAGGUUUAGAGGUCUCUUCCAAUUUUCCGUGCACUGCAGUUUCGACUGACUUUGCUUUCCCUUGGGAAGAGUAUAGCUCGUUCUCCAAGAUAAAGCGGCUGGUCGCAGGUGUGUUGAGACUCUCACCUAAACAUAAACAUUUCAGAUCGCCAGGUAAGGCCAUAAUUGAUUCAGCAGAACUUGUCAUUGCAGAGGAGAAACUUUUGCAACUUUCGCAGUUAGAGUCAUUCCCAGCUGAAAGUUAA